GUUAGUCAAUCAAUUUUCUCCAAACCGUUCGGGUCGCGAAAUCAUCAUGUUUUCGUUUUAUAUUUGCAUUUUUGCUGCAAUUUGUUUUUGGAUAUACUUUCUUUGGAGUCGGCGAAGGUUUUAUAAGCUAAUGUUCAAGGUACCUGGACCCAAGGGAGUUCCUCUUCUUGGAAUAGUGCCGGAAUACGUAAUCAAUAAAUUGAAUAUGAACCUACGAACCAAGUAUAUGGACACAUAUGGCUCAACUAUCCUAGUCUGGCUUGGUUUGAUGCCAGCUAUAUUAUCUCGGGAUCCAAGUAUCGCCGAAGAUGUGUUUACAUCAUCUCAAUGCGUCGAUAAAAACCCACGAACCACACAGCCUUUGGUUAAUAUUCUUGGAAAUGGAAUACUAACACUGGAAGAACCCAAAUGGAACGAACGUCGCAAGCAGAUGAAUGUUUCAUUCAAGCACAAUGUCCUGCUCAGCUUUUUUCCUAUAUUCAAUUCCGAGACUUCAAAUCUUGUCACUGUGUUGGAUACCUUUGUGGGUCAGGGUGGAAAGAAUGUUAUGUAUCACUUAUUCAGAUGGUCCUUUAGAACAGCGCUUCAAACCACGAUGGGCACGGAGGUCCAACAAGAAGAAAGUUUCAAGAAUGACGCAAUCGUGAAACCUUUACAAUCACUUUUGUUAUUGACCAUUCUCAACGUACUAAUACCACUGCGACAAAACAAAAUAAUUUCCAAAAUUUGGGGCUUGGAAAAGCAGAAAACGGAGGUUCUUUCAAAAGUACACAGUCUCUUGGAUAAGAUAAUUGAAGGCAAAAUACAGCAGAAAAAUGAAUUAGAUUCUUCCAUGAACUUAGUGGUUGAUCAAGUCAUUGAACUUCAACGGAAAGGCCAAAUUGAUUUCAAUGACAUGAGGAGCGAGUGUUUUAAUAUGGUUCUGGCCGCAUUUGAAACAACAGCUCUUACAGUCAAUCAUGCGCUUAUUUUUUUGGCCAUGUUUUCCAAGUACCAGGACACUGUAUUCCAAGAACUGCAGGAGGUGUUUCCGACUGCUGGGGAGUUUGAAGUUGGCUACGAGGAUAUGCAGAAAUUGGUUUAUCUGGAUCGUGUUUUAAACGAAACGCUGCGCUUGAUUCCCCCUAUUCCUUUAGUUCCUAGACAGGUAAAGGACGACAUUCGAUUGUCAAACGGGGUUCUCGUUCCCAAAGGUCUUGUCAUAGGCAUCGAUAUUUUUAACGUGCACCGUAACAAGGACCACUGGGGCCCCGAUGCCGACCGUUUUAAUCCUGAUCACUUCCUGCCCGAUAAUGUUCGCGAAAGGCAUCCUUACGCCUUCAUACCAUUUUCGAAGGGCAAAAGAAAUUGCAUAGGGUGGAGAUAUGCCUUAAUGUCAUCAAAGAUUGCUUUGGCAAAGAUUCUCAGGAACUAUAAGGUCAGCACCAGUUUUCACUAUGGAGACCUCGUUUUUGUCGAUAAUAUAGGUAUGAAGUUAAGGAAAAGUCCAUUGCUAGACUUUCAACGCAGAAAUUAAAUGCAACGCAGAAAAUCUUUAACCAUAAAUUAAUACAAAAUAAAUUUUAAAAACUUUAUAAUUACAAACCAUAUAUGUAUGUAUUUCUUUUUAUAUUAAAUAAUUUUAAACUCACUA